UCGCCGGCUAUUUGCCACGUUGAGAUGUUCCGGAAGGAGCCGACAGCAGCUUGAAACACUCAAUGUUAAAAUCGUUUUUCAUUCCACGUAUAACAUUUUGACGAUAUUGCAACAAAGAAAAGCAUAGAUCAUAGGUGUGAAAGUCAUCCUGCCAAGUCUAAUUCUUCAAAACGUAUACAUAAGGUUUAAACCAUGAAGGUGAAGGAUAUUGGUCGAACCGCCAACAUGGCGUGGAGUCCUGCCGAGCAGUACCCGAUCUACAUUGCCACAGGAACAGCAGCUCAGCAGCUGGAUGCGACGUUCAGUACCUCAGCAGCUCUAGAGAUCUUCUCUCUGGACCUCGACAAGAAGGGGUUGGAGACGGAGAGAGUUGCCUCACUCAAUACUGACCACAGAUUUCAUAAGUUGGUGUGGGGCAACUAUGGAAUGAGUAAGGGUGACUUUGCCAAUGGAACAGUCAUCGGCGGGACAGAUAAUGGUGGCAUCUACAUAUAUGAUGCUUCAAAGUUGCUGUCGAGUAGCGAGGCUCUGAUUCAUAAAAUGGACAAACACACAGGAGCAGUACGAGCACUUGAUGUGAACCCGUUCCAGUCAAACCUCUUAGCAUCUGGAGCUAGCGACUCAGAAAUCUUUGUUUGGGAUCUCAACAAUAUAGGAACCCCCAUGACUCCAGGGGCAAAAUCACAGCCUCCAGAUGAGAUCAGUUGUGUAGCGUGGAAUCGUCAGGUCCAACAUAUCUUAGCUUCAACCUGUCCUGGUGGUCGAUGUGUGGUCUGGGAUCUCAGGAAAAAUGAACCUAUCAUAAAAGUUACUGACCACAGCUCAAGGAUACGUUGUAAAGCAGUGGCCUGGCAUCCCGAUGUCGCUACACAGAUGAUGCUGGCAUCUGAAGAUGAUCACUCACCGGUCAUUCAAAUGUGGGAUCUAAGGUUUGCUACCUCACCACUCAAAGUCCUGGAAAACCACCAGAGGGGUAUCCUAUCAAUAGCCUGGUGUCCUCAGGACCCCGACCUCCUCCUAAGCUGCGGCAAGGACAACCGCAUCAUCUGCUGGAACCCCAACAGCAACCUUCCUGGCGGAGAGGUUGUCUACGAGCUCCCGACGUCUGCGCAGUGGAGCUUUGAUGUCCACUGGUGCCCAAGGAACCCUGGUCUGAUCUCGGCAUCAUCCUUUGAUGGCCAUAUCAGUGUGUAUUCCUUGCUGGGAGGGGGUGAUGCUGAUAAUUCAGUGCAGCAGCAACAGGUGGAUCAGAUUGCCUCCUCAUUCCCUGGUUCAGAUCCUUUCAAUCAACCAGCCCCACAGAAAAAGACUCCUACAGAACCAGUUAUUCUCAAGAAACCACCCAAGUGGCUCCGGAGACCAGUAGGAGCAUCCUUCGCUUUUGGUGGAAAGCUCAUCUCAUUUGAGAGUCCCAAGCAACCACCCAACCAACAGCAGCAGAUGGCACCUGUGGCAAGGUCCGUUCACAUCAGUCAGGUUGUCACGGAAACGGAUCUCAUCAACAGAUCCAACACCCUGGAGGAGGCUCUCUCAAAGGGAACGUUUGUAGAAUUCUGCAACAGCAAGAUCAAGCAAUCGCAAAAUGAGCUGGAUACUCAAAUCUGGAGGUUUCUAAAGGUAAACUUUGAGAAGGAGCCACGCAGUCACUUUGUGAGUUUAUUGGGUCACGACUCUCAUGAGCUAGCGAGGAAAGCAGCCGUCGCUACUGGAGCCUCCAUGGGUCUUACCAAUGGCAGCUUAGAUGGGGAUGGUGUAGAUGCAGAAGACCUUGCCGAGAGGAUGCAGAGGUUAUCAGGAGACAGCCUGGAACAGGAGGCUAAGCUUGGCAGUGGGUCAAAGACGCCAAGUGACAUGUAUGGGGAUGGUGAUGGUGCUGCAGCGUUUGAUGCCAUCGUAGCAGCAGGUCCAGUGGAGGUGGAGAAUAGAGGGAAAGAAGAGGACACAAGAUCAGCAACACCUUACACUAUAUCACAAGAAGAUGAUACCAAUGGUCUCGUCAGCCAAGCCAUCAUCACAGGCAAGUUUGAGAUCGCCGUAGAGCUCUGUCUCCAUGACAACCGUAUGGCUGAUGCAAUCCUCCUAGCCAUCACAGGGGGUCCUGAACUCUUGGCCAAGACACAGCGUAAAUACUUCCAGAAGACAAAGAGCGAUAUCUCUAGGUUAAUAUCGUCCAUUGUGACUAAAGAUGUACGCGAUCUGGUUCAGAACACGGAGCUGGAGAAUUGGAAGGAGGCCCUCACAGCUCUGCUGACGUACAGUCAACCUAAAGAGUUCUCAUCAUUAUGUGAUAUCUUGGGUCAGAGGUUAGAGACUGAGGGUAAUGGUAAACUAGCAGCUCAGGCCUGUUUGUGCUACAUCUGCUCUGGUAGCGUAGACAAGCUAGUAUCAUGCUGGGCUCAAGUCAAUCAUGCUGCUACAUCUCCUAUGUCACUACAGGACCUUGUAGAAAAGGUAGUGACCCUUCGGAAGGCGAUCGAGCUGAAGCUUGGCUACGCCCCAGAGAUCUCGUCACCCAUCUUGGCCAGCAGACUGACAGAGUAUGCUCAUUUACUAGCAUCUCAGGGCAACCUUGAUACAGCUAUGAACUACCUCGGACAGUCCCGGGAGGCCAAGAUUGUAGAAUUAAAGGACAGGCUACACAAAGCACAGAGUGGAGACAGUGGAACCCAGUCGCCAUGGAAGCAAGUCAGCGUUCAAUCCCAACCAGCUGCUCAACAACCAUCAAAUGCUGGAGUAAAUUCCUUCCAAACAACAACAGUGUCGAGCAGUUCCUUCUACAAUUCACAGGUCACAUCCAGGCUUCAGAGAAACACCUACCCUGCCCAAGGACAACAACAACCCCAACAGCCACAGCAGCCACAACAGCCACAGCAGAAUGUCAACCAGGCAACGUAUGCUCCCACUCAGGCAACAGCAGCAACAUCAGCCACCACCACAACACAAUCCAAUAUGAGAAUGAAGGCGGGUGGUGCCAGGAAGUAUCCCUCGUAUCCUCAGACCGGUAUGCAGCAGUAUUACUCGCGGGAGGUACCUGGAGGGACCAACCCAGGACAGGUUGGUCAGCAGCCAUCACAGUUCCCGACACCGGGGUACGUCCAAGCGCCAACCAGCACCGCGCCUACAUCCCAACCUGGUGGCUUCUACAAUCCCAUGGACUACGGGGCACAGAAUCCAGCAGUCUCUCAGCCCACAGCCACGCCCGGUCGUGGUGGGUACCCCCAACAGCCUCAACCAGCAGUGUCCUCUGCUCCUAGCCAGUAUGCACCACCUGCUCCACCAUCAAAUCAAUCCAUGGAAACCAUCAACGCCACCAAGGCAUGGAACGAUCCUCCGCUUCUCAAACCUAAAGCACAACCCAGUGCGUACGUACCACCACAGCCUAUCACUGCCCCUAUCAUGGGUGCUCCAGUGGAGGAGGCACAGCAAGCCUACCAACAGCCUACUGGCUAUCAGCAACAGCAAUCUCAACAAUACAACCAACAACAAAAGCAGGUACAGCAAGAACAGUAUGUACAACAGCAACUUCAUGCCCCUCAAGAUACUGCACCUGCCAAAGCUCCACAGCAGGCCCCAGAGAAACCUAAAGCACCUCUGCCAGCUGAGCAUCAAGUUCUCUGUGAUACAUUCAAUGCUCUAGCACAAAGAUGUGGGGCUUCCCCUUCAGUCAAUGCUCAAAUGAAGAGGAAACUAGAGGAUGUUCACAGAAAGUUGGAAGUUUUAUACGACAAGCUGAGGGAAGGAAUGCUCUCAAACAUGAUUCUUCAAGGUCUCCACGAGAUCGCUCAGGCCAUAGGGACCUUCAACUACCAGCACGGUCUAGGAGUCCACACGCGUCUGGUCAGCAGUGGCAACUUCUCUGAAAUCAGUGCCUUCAUGCCGGGCCUCAAGGUCCUCAUGCAGCUGGCCACGCAGCUCAGAGUAUGAACAAUUAAGCCUCGAUCAGAUAUGACUUGGCAAAACCACAGCAGAUUUUUUAUGACGUAAAUUGUAUUGUAGUACA